AUGCCUGAGGGGAUUUCGAAUGGCUAUAAACUCCAAACCCAGGUUUCCCACGCCCGAAAAAGGAGUUUAGGCAAUCAAAUUCAGUAUAAGCCCCAUAUUUUGAGCACAUACGAGUUUAGUGUAGGUGUUCGUAGAUACUACCGCCCCCCUCCCGAAGGCUAUCAUUGCAGGCUCAUAAAGCCGACAAUAACCCAACUACUCCCAAAAAUACACCCCAAUUUUCAGGCCCAAGUGCAUAAUACUCACGCACCCGCUGCCCGCCCGUCGGUGAACUCUUUUCUCUUCUCACCUUCCGCUCGCUCUUUCUUCCGAUUUCCCCCACCUAUUUACAACCAUUCUCUUCAACUACCCUUGCGGCAUCAUGUUCAAAAAGUUUUGUACGAACAAGUGUCUGCUCAGAAUCAAGUGAAGGCAUCGGUACAACGGAGAAUUCGACAAAGUAUAGCAGAAGAAUAUCCAGGACUAGAACCAGUUUUGGAUGAUUUGCUUCCUAACAAAGCUCCUCUGAUUGUAACUAAGUGUCAGAGCCAUCUCAAUCUGGUUGUUGUGAACAAUGUGCCACUCUUUUUUAAUAUCCGUGACGGCCCCUACAUGCCUACCCUAAGCUUGCUUCACCAAUAUCCUAAUGUCAUGAAGAAAUUGCAAGUAGACAGAGGUGCUAUAAAGUUCGUCCUUGCUGGAGCUAACAUAAUGUGUCCUGGUCUUGCAUCCCUUGGGGGUGCGUUGGAUGGUGCAGUCGAAUCCGACACACCUGCGGUAAACUUUUUUUGCAAUCUUAUCCACCGACUCGAGUUCUUCAUUGAUGAUACGGUUAUGGUAAGGAACAUGCUCUUGCCAUUGGCUUCACUAAGAUGUCAGCAAAGGAAAUAAAGGCGAUAAACAAAGGGAUCGGUGUGGACAAUAUGCAUUACCUUAACGACGGUCUUUGGAAGGUACGUCAUAGUUCACUCCCACGUUUCUUCGUCUCAAAUGAAAAUAUCUUAUUUCGACUGCAGAUGGAACAAUUGUGAUUCGAGGAUUUGUUCGUUCUUUGCACGUUUUUGAGUUACUUUGUGUGGACAGACAUCAACAAUUUCAUGUCUCCAUAUUUAUAUGCUUCUUGAGGAACCAAUUUCAGAGUUGUAGUUAGUAUCCUUUUGCAGUUUGUUGUGAAUGUUCUAUCCAUAAGCCCUAUUUCUUGGUGUUUUAUUGAUGUUUUCCUCCCAUUUUCAAGAGGUCCCUUUUCCAUGGGGAAUGAGAUUUAAUAUGUAUUUUAAUUGGCCGAACAUAGCUCGAAUGUCAAGA